AUGUAUCUCAUGAAUGCCUUACUUGUCUCGUCACCUACGAUGAACAAGUGGGGUGAUGUUGCUUAUUACAACCCGACUGACGCAGGGGGUUCAAUGCUCAUCAAUGCUGGCGAUGGAUACGGUGAACCUAUGAAUGUCAUCAUCUCUGGUCUUAGCUCCCCCGCUGUCCUCACACUUGACGGAGCUAUCAAUUUUGCCCGUGCUAUUGGGUUUUCUGAAGAAUGUUUCGGCCUUCACUUAGGCGGUUAUAUGCCCGCCGACUUGGGAGAUGGAAAUGGGUGGGUCAAUCAAACGAUUGAGCUUCGCCAGGACUAUGGAAGCGCAGGAGGCGGAACGUGUCUUGAGAGCCUCGUCGGAGGAAAUCAUUUUCGCAUUUUUGUACAGAACGGCACUGCGGCGGACAGCGGCGCUUUCUUCCUAGCCGUGUCUCGAGAGGAGCCCGCAUCAAAGCAUCAUGAUAUCAUCCCAAAUGGGUACAACAUUGGCCGCAACCAGCUGGUGUCAGCAGCAGUUGGUGAAACAAGAUAUCAUGGGAUCAAAUACUAUACUACCGCCCAAAACAUUACUGGUCUCCUCAAACCUGGCGCUGAUGGUAUUAAUCAUGGCAUUGCUCAAGAUGGUAUUGUCGCGUUGUUGACCAUCACGAUCUAUUGA